AUGCGGCGCGGGUGUUUGCUGUGCACUUGGCUCCGGUUCACGCCCCUUUCCGGAAGACGCAACAGGGAGAGGAGCAUCUUGCACCUUGACCUGUCUAGACGGGGCGCAAAGUUUGGGGGGUUUUUUUGUCCCCGUUUCCAAGGGCGAGGGUUGCUCUUUGACCCCCACCACCAGCGGUGGUGGCUCUCAGGGCAUAGAUCUGAUGCUUACCGACCUUUGAAAUUUGGGUGGGAAAGUAUCGUAGAGGAGUAUGAAGAUGAAAUAUUCUCACUUAUCGCCCAAGAGGCAGACUAUCUAGCUGACAAGCUGUGCAGUGAAAAAUCAGAAAAGGAGAACUCUAAAGGCAGCAAAGUGUUAUCUGAACUUCUCUACCACUGUGUGCUAUAGGAAUCACUUUUGUUUUCUCCAGACCAGAACGUGAAGCCCUUUAACAGACAAGUCUGGAG